GACGAAGGCGUAUAAAAAAUCACCACCUCAUUUCACUCACUAUAAGCAGCAAAUUAUCGAUGUCACGGCGACAUCAGAAACAUAGAAAGAAACAAGAGCGCGCGCCGAACGCAAAAAGUAAAGCAGAAGAUCGUGGAUAACGCAGAGCCUGUCCCAAAUAUAAACAGAAACAUUUGAUUUCCAAAAACAUGGGGUCUUUGCAAGAAGAUGAUAAUAGUGCAAUCAGCAUGGCAGAUGACAACGGAAAUGCCCCGGGUGUUUCUGUGUCUAACGGCGGUAUAACUGUCAAGGAAGAGUGGAAGAGCGACAUUACGUACGCGUCUCCUCUGCCUACGCCUUCCACUGCCUCCUCAAUUGUCGUGAAACAGGAAUCCUCAAUGGACCGCAAGCGGAAAUUAGGGUUUGAUCUCCCUCUGGACGUCGGCACUCGCGUACUCUGCAAAUGGCGUGACGAUAAAUUUCACCCGGUGAAGAUCAUCGAGCGUCGCAAGCUUCCAAACGGAGCCCUAAAUGACUAUGAAUAUUAUGUUCACUAUACAGAAUUCAAUCGACGACUUGAUGAGUGGGUCAAGCUUGAACAACUUAAACUGGAUUCUGUUGAGACUGACGUGGAUGAGAAGAUCGAAGAGAAGGUAUCAAGCUUGAAAAUGACCCGUCACCAGAAAAGGAAGAUUGAUGAAACUCAUGUGGAGGGUCAUGAUGAACUUGAUGCUGCUAGUCUUCGUGAGCAUGAAGAAUUCACAAAAGUGAAAAAUAUAGUAAAGAUAGAACUCGGAAAAUAUGAGAUUGAGACAUGGUACUUCUCACCAUUUCCAGUAGAGUACAAUGAUUGUGAGAAGCUGUAUUUCUGUGAAUUCUGCCUCAAUUUUAUGAAGCGAAAAGAGCAACUUCAAAGGCAUAUGAGGAAGUGUGAUCUUAAACAUCCACCUGGAGAUGAGAUAUAUCGCAGUGGCUCACUUUCAAUGUUUGAGGUUGAUGGAAAGAAAAACAAGAUAUAUGGGCAAAACCUCUGUUAUUUGGCCAAGUUGUUUUUAGAUCACAAAACACUCUACUAUGACGUGGACUUGUUCCUUUUCUACAUUCUUUGUGAAUGUGAUGAUCGUGGAUGUCAUAUGGUUGGAUACUUUUCAAAGGAGAAGCACUCAGAGGAAUCAUAUAAUUUGGCGUGCAUUCUUACUCUUCCUCCAUAUCAGCGGAAGGGAUAUGGAAAAUUCCUGAUUGCUUUCUCCUAUGAAUUAUCCAAGAAAGAAGGGAAGGUUGGGACCCCUGAGCGCCCCUUGUCAGACCUUGGAUUAGUAAGUUAUAGAGGUUACUGGACACGGAUUCUUUUGGAAAUUUUGAAGAAGCAUAAGGGUAACAUUUCUAUCAAGGAACUUAGUGAAAUGACUGCUAUCAGGACAGAUGAUGUUAUAUCCACUCUACAAAAUUUAGAUCUUCUUCAGUAUCGGAAAGGACAGCAUGCCAUCUGUGCUGAUCCUAAGGUUUUAGAUAGGCAUUUGAAAGCUGCUGGGCGGGGUGGUUUGGAAGUUGACGUUUCUAAGCUUAUUUGGACCCCUUACAGAGAACAAUGAUUAAAUAUCAUUUUUCGUUGCUUGUCAAAUAUGAUCCUUUCUAACAAAAGGUGUUGUAAUAUAACUGAUUACUUACCAUGGAGUUUUCUCCCCCAAAAUUUGGGCACAGGGUCUGGUCUGUAAGUCUUCUGUACAGGGAUAGCUCUGAUUAUUCUUCUGUGAAAGACAGCUCAGGCAUUAUCAAGAAUGAGGCAUGUGCAUGGGUUGAGUGGGUUUAUACUCAGAAACAUGCACUGUUUUAUUAACUAUUUUGCUAAUUUAUAAAUGUACAGUAGAAUAAUUUUUGCGAA